UGCAAGCGGUGAGCUGUGAUCCACUGAAGAGAUACAAAAGCCACCAACAACCGAGCAAUUUCAGCCACUGGCUUCCACGCUAAUUUGAUCCCAACCAAGAAGCAACCCCGGGACUCCUACUCGGCAACCACCCAUGGCAACCCCGACGGUCGUGCUGUUGCCCGUCUGGGGCGCCGGCCACCUGAUGUCCAUGCUCGACGCCGGCAAGCGGCUGCUUGCACGCAGCGAUGGCGCCCUGUCGCUCACGGUGCUCGUGAUGCAGGCACCGACGGAGAGUAACAGGACCGAGGUCGCCGGCCACAUACGCCGGGAGGAGGCUUCCGGCCUGGCCAUUCGCUUCCAUCACCUCCCCGCCGUCGAGUCCCCGACGGACUUCCGGGGCAUCGAGGAGUUCAUCUCCCGGUUCGUGCAGCUCCACGCGGGCCAUGUGAAGGCGGCCAUCUCCGCCUUGACGUGCCCGGUGGCCGCGCUCGUCGUCGACUUCUUCUGCACGACGCUGGUCGACGUGUGCCGCGAGCUCGCCGUGCGGGCCUACAUGUACUGCACCGCUGGCGCCGCCUUCUACGCGCUCCUCUUGCGCUUGCCGGCGCUCCACGAGGAGGUCACCGUCGAGUUCGAGGAGAUGGAAGGCAUGGUGGACGUGCCUGGGCUGCCCCCGGUGCCGCCGUCGUCGCUCCCGCUUCCGGUGAUGGACAAGAAGAAUCCCAACUACACGUGGUUCGUGUACCACGGCAGGCGUUUCAUGGACUUCGACGGCGUCAUCAUCAACACGGCGGCCGAGCUGGAGGACAGCGUUCUCGCCGCCAUCGCCGACGGGCGGUGCACGCGCGGAACUCCUGCCCCGACGGUCUACCCAGUAGGCCCCGUGCUGUCCCUGAACCCGCCAGCGGAGCAGCCGCACGAGAGCGUGCGGUGGCUCGAGGCGCAGCCUCCGGCAUCCGUUGUGCUCCUCUGUUUCGGCAGUGGUGGCUUCUUCACGGCGGCGCAGGCGCACGAGGUGGCCCACGGGCUGGAGCGCAGCGGGCACCGGUUCCUGUGGGUGCUGCGUGGCCCGCCGGCAGCCGGCACGCGACAGCCCUCGGACGCGGACCUCGGGGAGCUGCUGCCGGAGGGGUUCUUGGAGAGGACGAAGGAGAGGGGCCUGGUGUGGCCAACCAAGGCGCCGCAGAAGGAGAUACUGGCGCACGCCGCCGUGGGGGGAUUCGUGACGCACUGCGGGUGGAACUCCACCCUGGAGAGCCUGUGGUUCGGCGUGCCGAUGGUGCCGUGGCCGCUCUACGCCGAGCAGCACCUCAACGCGUUCACGCUGGUCGCCUACAUGGGCGCGGCCGUGGCCAUGAAGGUGGACAGGAAGAGGAACAACUUCGUUGCGGCGUCGGAGCUGGAACGAGCCGUGAAGGCGCUCAUGGACGGCGACUCCGACGACGGGAGGAAGGCGAGGGAGACGGCCACGGAAUUGAAGGUGGUCUGCAGGAAGGCCGUUGAGAAGGGAGGGUCGUCCUACUCUGCACUGGGAAGACUCUUCGAGGACAUACGGAACCAUGCAGAGCGCCCAAAUAAGUAAAUGUAAUCACCAGAUACGUAGAGCAUGCUAUAAUCAACAUCCGUGUAGUGGCGGUUCCAUUUCCAUGUACGUGAACCUAUGGUAUGGUGCUUUAAAAAAAUUAUGAGUGUGACUAUUUUCUGAUUGAAAA